AUGGCUCAUCCAUCGACCAGCAAAGUGCUGAUAUUUGAUGUGGAAAACAAAGACGAACUGUACACCGCACUGGUCAGCGAGCUGCGGCGGCAUAAUAUCAAAUAUCGCAAGGAUAAAAUAUCGAAAGCGUCCCAGGAUAAAGGAAAAUGCAGACGAAUCUUCAACGCAGCGCUACACGCACAGGAGCUGACGGAUGUGAUUCUGGCAAACGGUGGCAUCGUCCAGAUUCCGCUGUUCGUGUCCAACGCUUGCCAGUUCAUACUGGAAAAGGUCAACAGCGAAGGUCUGUUCCGAAAGACGGGCUCGGCAAAGCGCCAGCGAGAAAUUAAGGCCAGCUUGGAAGCGGGAGAACCGCUGGGACGCUCGUACGAUGUCUUCGAUGUUGCCAAUCUGCUGAAAACGUUCUUUCGGGAUCUGCCAGAACCACUGCUACCCUGUGGCAACAUCCAAGAGGCCCUGCUCCGCUGCCUGAUCGGAGAGCAGAAGGUUCAGAAGCUGCUGAUGACCUGCCUGCUGCUGCCCUCACUGUCGCUUAACACGUUGGCGUUUUUCAUGCAAUUUCUCCACACGGUGUCUCAAAACUCGGCCAAGAACAAAAUGACAAUCAAGAAUCUGGCCAUUCUCAUCACACCGAACUUGAUGCCUUUCGAGCAGGACCAGAAGCGUAUGGCUAGCAAUCAGCAGGUGGUGCAGCUGCUGAUAGAAAACUCGCAGCAAAUCGGACUCAUUCCGGAGGUGAUCUUGCGCCAGCUGAAGGACGACCCGGUGGCGGGGCGCGAUGCGAGCGUCCUGAUGGCUAGCAGUGUGACCGAUCGGAAGAAGAAAAAGCGUAGAAGUGGUUCCUUAACGCGUAUGUUCAAUGGUUUCCGCAAGAUCGUCGGUGCUAUCGGUUCGUCCGAGAAUCUGGACAAAACGGACGAGCUGAGCGAACCGGAUCCGACGGGUGCGGCUGUAAUCAUGGGUACGCCUUGCCUGAGUAAGUCGGCCAAGAAGCGUAAGGUGACGGAUGGAAUACCGUUCAGUGUGAAGAAAAAGAAAGAGGUGACUGCCCUGUUCCCGGAUAGCAAGGACCUGCUACCCUGCACACCGACGGUGGUCAUAAAAGAGGUUAAGAAGAGCAGGCUGAGCCUGGGCGGAGGGAAAAAACCGAGCAAAAUGGUGCAAAGGCUACUACCAUCGGGCUCGAUACCGUCGAUUGCGGAGAACAAACCGAUGGAGCGUCGCUGGAGUGUAGUUGGUGCGCCGUGGGGUCGUAAAAAGCAACAGUCAAACCGUAACAAACAAUCGGCCGGCGAUGAUACGGAAACAACGGAUCGCUCCGGCGCAAAGACUGAGGAUGAAUUUGAACCAGACGACGAAGACAAAACGUUGCUCGGUCGGCGUGGAGCACUCCGUAUGUCGCCCGUCAUUUCGAUGCCAUGUCUGACCGGUGCCGAUGGUUUGUUUAAACUGGGAGCCACCUCACGGCCCACCGAUGAGCACGAUGGAUCGGAAGAUUUUCUCAACAUCCGACGCAGCGAGUAUGAGGCCAUCAAGCAGCGGAUGGAUGUGAUUGAGACGACCAUUUCCCAGGAGUUCCGUAAUCUUGGACGAUGCGACGAGGAAGUGAUGCUGGAGGAUGUGGAGGAUCAGUAUCGCCAAACGCUCGAGCACACGGAGCCGAUCGAGGCCACCUGCUCGUCGACUGAUCAGUUGGCGAAACGAUUGAGCCGCGAACUCAAGAUAAGACCAAAUGGUGAGCACAAGGUCAUACGGUCACCGAGUGCCCGAAAGAUCGGAACGAUACGCCGGCGUAGCCGGGAGGCGGUGCGCUUAUCCCGUAAUCAAUCGUGGCACAUCGGAAACGGUGCAGGCAUGGCUGCACGGGACGGUAAUGCGACGGUUGAUCUUUCCUUUUACCCCAAACCGACGGUGCUGAAGCGUGGUCGACAUCCUCCAGUACCCCUCCAGGAGGGUGAAGUUUCCACUGCACCGAGGGAUGGCUCACCUGCAGCACCGAUGAUGGUGUGCAGACCGCCGCCGAAGCAAAACAAGCUACCGGAACCUUCCCCGACACUGGCCCCGGGAACCAACUUUACCGACGAAGAAAAGGAAGAGAAAUGGAUGAAUGCCGAGAGUUACUUCGAGCACAACAAUGUGACACCGACGGCCACCAUGAUGGACACCACGGUUGAUUUUCUAACGCCGGCCAAGGCACUGUCGCAAGACGAUACAUUCCGGACACCCGAAAAGAGCUCGAGACGAUCAUCGCUGCGGUCAGCUUCGCGCCAGACGUCCUCCGCCUCCUCCUGCUAUGUGACCCGGAUCGAGGUGAACACUCAAAAUCCCGUCAAAACGCCCAUGCUACCUCCGGUUGUUCCACCCCGCCCGGCUAAAACACCGGGUCGAACUCCUCGAUUGCCACCGAGGACACCCAGCAGCUGCACGGCCGGCGGGAUGUCCAGUAUGCUGUUGAAAACGCACAUGACGCCAUUGCAGGAAGCCCAAAGUGGCCGUGCCUCGAUCGCACGCAUUCGCAGUCAAAACGCCGGGAUGGUCGCGGCCAAGGCGAAACUAUUCGAUGGUAUGGUCUCCGGGGACGCGCAGCUGGCAGUUUCCACGAAACGUGCGCCUCCAACGACGGUAAAUAUGGUUAACCGACGACAGAGUGCCAAGUUCCGGGCGGCAACGGUUGCCAUACCCUUGCCCGGGUCACCCGGGUUGGCAGCCUGCGAUACACAGUUGGCGCAGUUGCGCCAGAUACAGAAGCUGCGUUCCGCCUCGGCGCACAGCAAUAAACCGCGUAGUCCGCGCAGCACGACACCACGGAAACGCGCGUUUACAAAAUCCGCACAUCACCAUCACGGUGGUACCGGUGCCAUCAAUCGGCGCGAAAAGCUUCGUCAAAUCGCUAAAGGUCCGCCUGGGGCCGUCGGUGCGGCGGGUGUAUCGGCUAAGGUACUGAAUUCACCGCGCCUCAUGCGCCAGUUGCAGGAGAAUGUGCUGCAGCAGCAGCUACUGAUGGCCAACGGGUGCCACUCUCCGAGCAGUAAGGCCGGUGGUGUGAGCUCCUCAACGACGACGCCCCACAUACGCCAUCAGUUGCUGCGGAACUCGCCACGGCGCAUUCUGGCCGCUACUCCGCACCGUGACAAUCGAAUUGCCGCAGCGACCGUUGGUGAAAGGUUGCGGACACCGAUGAAAGCUACACCACUGUCCCGGUUCUCCAUCGUUCACUCCACCGGUGGUGAUCCGGGUGGUGCCUUUAACGAUGACGGUUCCACCGACGAUCGUACUCCCUCACAGCAGCGUGCAGCAUUCGCUCGACAGGCUCAUCUGCUGCGGCAAACACGCUCUCCAAGUGCCAGUUCCGUAUUACGGACCUAACAAAUGUGUAGCAAACGUACAAUACUCCACCAAUUACAGCAAUUGGUUCGGGAUGAUAGUGGAUUCUUUUUUAGACACUUUU